UUGAGCACACUUCCGCCCGCCCUCGGAAUGGCUGUCUAGCGCGGGGGCGCUAAGCCGUACACCCUGUCCCGCGCGCGCCUGAGGGGCCAGCGGGGAAAGGGGCCCCAGUCCCUCUCCUAGAAGAUAAAAGACGGUGGGGAAGCUAUCUCGUGUCGGUCUUCCGCUUGCUCAGCAAGAGCUGCCUUUAAGUUCUGAAGGCCCAGCCCCACACUAAUAAACCACUGAGAGCUGGUCUUAGGCCUGGAAGGGGCGUUCCUCAUCCCAGCGCCCCCCGUUCCUAAGUGAGGAAACCGAGGCGCGGGGACUGGGGAGACGCCCGGCGUCUGGCCCCGCACGUCCCACACCGUUGCUGUCUGGCUGGUUUCCAGUGCUAACUAGCGCCCCAGCCCCGGCGCCCUUCAGCCCUGGGCUGAGAGCCUUCGGCCUAACUCCCCGCCCAGCCCGCCGACCAUGCCCGCCGGCGUGUCCUGGCCCACCUACCUGAAAAGGUUCGCGGCCAGCCUCCUGGCCAUGCUUGCGGGGGCCGAAGCGGUGCACAGGUACUACCGGCCGGACCUGACAAUACCUGAAAUUCCACCAAAGCCUGGAGAACUCAAAACGGAGCUUUUGGGACUGAAAGAGAAACAACAUGAACCUCAAAUUUCUGAGCAGUAGAAGCCUAAAAUACAACUAUGCCAAGGAUUCUGUGAAUAAUAUUGUAAAUCUUAAACGUAUUUUUUUUAAUUUGUUGAAAGUCAAACUACUUGCCCUUAAGCACCUAAUUUAAUGUUAAGUGCGAGAGGAGGUGCUCAAUAGAUAAGAACUUACUGAGAAUUGACUAUGACUUGGCCAGUAUAUCUUGAAAACUGCCAAAGCUUGUAUUAUCAGCUUCUUGAAUGUGGUCUGGAAGAUAUUUAGUUUUGAGUAUCAUGUGAGAUACAGUAUUUGCAAUGUCUUCUGCCUUUAUAAUUCUGGUUUAUUUCUCUCAAUAAGCUUUGAUUAUAAUGGUGAAUGGAAAUCAUAAAUGAAAUAAAAGUGACAGUGACAAUG